AUGAAAAAAUCAAAUUAUCAAAGAAUAACAAAAAGUUUACAAAUAAACGAAGAUAUUGAUAACAUGAAUAAGAAAAAAGAAGAAAAAGAAAAUUCAUUAGUUGUUGAAAGGUAUGAUGAAAAUAAUAAAUAUAAUAAAAGAACAAAAAAAAAUAAAAUUUGUAAAAAAAAUCAAAUAAUUGAAAAGAAUAAAAUUGAUGAAAGAAAUAAUAUUAACAAAAAAAACAAAAUUAAUAAGAAAAAUUUAAGAAAUAUUAACUAUGUAACAUAUAGAGAUAACAAAAGAAAUAAAAUCACCAUGAGAAAUGAUAUUAUUGAAAAUAGAAAAUUGGUAGAUGCUAAUGUAAAUAAAGAGGAAAUGAGAAACGAAAUUAACUGUGAGUUUUAUAAUAAUUAUCAAAAUAAUGAGUUAGCAAAAAAUUAUGAAAGUAGUGAAAAUUUCUUAAAUAGUGAUUCAUUUGAUAGUAGUAACACUGAUAUUAGUAUAAAUAUGGAAGAAACAGAUAAUAUUAACGGGUUUGUUGAAAUUUUUGAGAAUAUUGAUUACGGAAAUAAUCCUACAUUAAGUACAAAUUAUGAGAUUAGAGGAAAUCCUGAUCUAGUUGAAACUUUUGAGAUUUAUGAUAUUUUUGAAAGUGAUAAUAAUUUAAACAAUCAUAAUAUAAAUAGCAAUAUAUGCAAUAAUAACGAAAAUGAAAUAUUAAAUAAUCAAUCGAGUGAUAGUGAAACAUUAGAUAAACAAAGUCGUGAUAGUGAAACAUUAGAUAAACAAAGCAGUGAUAAUGAUAAUGAUAAUGAUAAUAUAAAUGAAUCUGAUGUAGAAAAAAUAAUUAUAGAAGACAAACUAUCCAAAAAUUUAUUACUAUAUUUUCCUUUUUUUAAAAAGAGGAUAUUUAUAGAUGCAAUUAUUGAGCAUUUUCAAAAAGAAGAAUUGAAAAACAUAGAUAAAAAUUGUUUAAAAGUACAAUAUUAUGAAAUUAUAAAAGAAAUUUAUAAUUAUGAAAAAUAUGAUAUAAAUAUAAAAAAUAAAAAAUUAUUAAACGAAUUUUUUUGUGAAAAAUUGAAUAAUAAGAAAUAUGAUAUGAAAUUAGAAAUAGAUUAUUAUGAAUUUGAGUUUUUUUCAAUUUUUUUUUUAAGUUAUUUUCGUUUUUCAUUAUAUUUAUCAGGUUUUAUAAAUUCUUCUUUUCUUUACCAUUCUAACGAAAUACAUUUCCAUAUUUUUGUUUUAAAUAGAUAUCAUUAUUUUGUUGAUAAUUUUUAUUUAAAUGAUACUUCCCCAUUUACAUAUAAUGAAGUAAAUGAAAUCAUAUCUACUUAUAAAAAUUCUAUUAUAUCAAUUUUAGAUUAUUUAGAUGCAUUUUAUCCAUUCUUUUUACUCAUAUAUAACAUUAUUAGAGAUGUUCAUAUUAAAUCUAAAAAAACAACAAGUAUAUUAGAAAAAAAUGAAGUUAUUCUAAAAAAUAAUUUUAAGGAAAUCAAUAAAAGGAAUUGUGUGAAGUGGACUAGAGGAAAUUCGUCUUCCAUGAGUAAACAUGUUAUUCAUAAAUUCGAUCUUAUAAAAAAAAUAAAUAAAAUUAAAAGAAAUUUUUUUAAAGAUAAUUAUGAUAAAUUUGUACUCAUGAUUAUUGAUGAAUUAAAUAGUUUUUGGUUAUUAAGUUGCAUAUAUGAAAAAGAAAAUGAUAUAAAAGGAAUAGAUAGUUAUUUGAAAAAAUUUAUUUUAAAUAUAAAAAAUAAUAUGCUUAUAAAAUACAUAAUUUAUAAUGUAGUUAAAAAGUUAAAUGUAAUUUUAUCAAAAUUAGAAAAAAAAUGUUUUGAAAACUGGGAUGAAAUAUGUAAAAGGAAUAUUAUAUCUAUUUCAACGUUACUAAAUUUUGAAUCAUUAAAAAAAGUUAAAAAAAAAGAUAAAUGGCUAUUGUUAUUGAAGCAAAAUUAUUAUUACAUUGAAAAAAGUUAUUAUUUUUUUAAAGAAUUACAUGAAAAAAAAAUUAUUUAUCACCAGAUACAAAAUUUAUUUAGGUCUAUUCUAAACUUUAAAAUAAAUGUAGUUUAUAAUCAUUUUAUUCAGUAUUUCUAUGUUAGAGAUAUAAAAAAUAAAAAAAUAGAUACUAUUUAUGAUUACAUAUAUUAUAUAAAAAGUAAAAAAAAUACAUUAAUUACACUAUUUGCAUACAAAAGAUUAAUUUAUAAAUUGAAAUUUGAUGUAAAUAAUUUUGGUUUAGUUAACUCAAUUUACAAUUCUUUAAAAUUUUUAUUCAUGGAAAGAGAAUCUGUUAAUUUAAUAAAAAAAAAUACAUUAAUAAAAAAAAAAUUUAUGUACCUAUUUAAUAAAAUUAUUAAUUCGUUAAAUUUUGAAAAAUACAAAUACAUUGAUAUACCUACUAAGAAUAUUAUUAAAAAUAUCUUAUUUCAUUCAGAAAACAACAUUGUAAAAAAUAUACUAUUAAAUGUUUCGAAUAAAAUUACAAGAAUUAGAUGUAGGGGUGAUAUUUGUUGUAAUACUUCUUUUUCUUGUUAUUAUGAAAGAGAGAUUAACGAGGAACUCUUUAAUGUUUUAAAAAAUAACAAAAUAAAUAAAUUAGAUAAAAAUUACUUAACUAAAGAAAUUAAAAAAUUUACAAAAGAAUUAAAAAUAAAUAAUGAUAGAAAACUUAAUUUUCUAACUUUUUUAAAUGGAUAUAAAUAUAACAGUACGCAUAAAAAUAUAUAUAAUUUUUUAAAUUCAGAUAAUAUAAAAAGAAAAAAAAAAAUGGGAAAUGAAUUAAACAAUUAUUUUUAUAAUGAAUGUAUUUAUGUUGAAAAAGGUGACAUAUUUCAAGAUUAUAUAUCAUAUAAUAAUGUAUAUAAUUCUUUAAAUUAA